AUGAAAGCCUACAUGAGAAAACAAUAUAUUGUUGGUCAAAGGAUAUUCAGGGAAAAGGUGCGUGAACUUGUAUUUCCACAUACAACAUCAAUACUUGCACCACAUGAGAAGUAUAUUGUGGAGAUAAUAGAUGUUGUGCCUGAUGGAAAUUGUGGGUUUCACACAAUUGCAGCAUUGUUAGAUUGGACUGAAGAAUCUUGGCCUUUAGUUCGAACACAAUUGGAUAAAGAGAUCCAUCUACAUCAGGACCUUUAUGCCAAUGUGUUCGAUGAUAGUAUUGAAUUAGUGCGGAACUCGUUGAAAAUUUCAGGAUUGGGUGGUCACGGAAAAGAUAAGUGGAUGACUAUACCAGACUUGUGUUACGUGAUAGCAACACUAUAUAAUGUCAUAUUGGUGUCGUUGUCUCGUAAUCUGAAUAUGCUAUUCUUUCCUCUAAACAAAGCACCAUCCAAAGAGUCUUCUCUUAUCAAUUUACUAGCAAUUGGAUUCGUAAAUGAAAAUCGUUAG